AUGGGCUCUCCGGACAAUAGUUUCUUUUCCUUUCUUGCAUUCCUCUUGUUUACUCAGGGGGCAUUUUCACAAAACCAGCCUGUCUUCCCUCAACCAGGCCUUGCUCAACAGCCGCUUUUUCCACAGCCAGGCUCUGCUCAGGUGCCGGUCUUCCCCCAGCCCGGCGGUGGACAGCCACCCGCUGGACAGCCAGUCUUCCCCAACCCAGCGGUGGACAGCCUCCCGCUGGACACCAGUCUUCCCCCAACCCAGCGGUGGACAGCCUCCCGCUGGACAACCAGUCUUCCCCAACCCAGCGGUGGACAGCCUCCCGCUGGACAGCCAGUCUUCCCCAACCCAGCGGUGGACAGCCUCCCGCUGGACAACCAGUCUUCCCCAACCCAGCGGUGGACAGCCUCCCGCUGGACAACCAGUCUUCCCCAACCCAGCGGUGGACAGCCUCCCGCUGGACAACCAGUCUUCCCCAACCCAGCGGUGGACAGCCUCCUGCUGGACAGCCAGUCUUCCCCAACCCAGCGGUGGACAGCCUCCCGCUGGACAACCAGUCUUCCCCAACCCAGCGGUGGACAGCCUCCCGCUGGACAGCCAGUCUUUUUCCCAGCCCAGCGGUGGACAGCCUCCCGCUGGACACCAGUCUUCCCCCAACCCAGCGGUGGACAGCCUCCCGCUGGACAACCAGUCUUCCCCCAACCCAGCGGUGGACAGCCUCCCCUGGACAGCCAGUCUUUCCCCAGCCCACCGAUCCCACCUCCUGACGGUGGCUUUUUCAAGUUGCAGUGCAACUACCACGGUUGGCACGGCACUCUCCAGUCUACGACGGCAGACAGCUACCAGGAAUGUAUUGACACGUGUAGCACAACUGAUGGUUGUCUUGCCAUCAACUGGGACAGCCACAAAGGCAGGGACUGUUACCUUAUGGCAUCUGACAGGCCUGGAGAUGUCCCUUGUCCCAACCACGACUUCGCAUACGCUGUGGCCCCACCUACUGUUCCUCAAACAACCGAUCUCACGCCCCGAUGCACCACCGAGUGCCCUGGAGCAGACCACCGCCAGUACACUAGCUCUGGUGUGGUCUUCAAGAUGAAUUGUGGCAAGCGUCACGGUGCGGAAUACUUGGGUGUCCAGGACAAGAAUUCACUCAAAGAUUGCAUGGACGCUUGUGCCGAGUUGACUCCUUGCCACAGUGUCGACUAUCAUGCCCGCUCCAAGAAAUGUUAUCUCUCUAAUCACCAGGGUGAGCCUACUAUUGAUGCUCCGGGCUUCAACAGCGCCUACAGUCUCGGAUGUGAUGGUGCUUGUGAUGACAAGUGUUGCUCUGGUUCCGGUGUAAAUCACAGCAAUGCUUGA